GACGCCUCACCGGACCAAGCAUUCCCAGCCACUGACACUUGGUACCCGCCGGGGCGCCGGGCUCGUCCUGUGCGCCCCUCGCCAUGCGUGUCAGACUCUUCGACACUCCAGAUCAGUUCCAGCGCGGUGGCCACCGGAUCCCAGGUCCGGAUACCUCCCGUUGAAACAGUUGGGUAGCCAGGACAGGGGUCUCCACGUCGGGGACGCGGCAGGGACCUGCGGAGUUGGCGUCCGAGCGCGUAGAGCGGGGCCACCCGCGCCGCUCCACCAUUACCUCCCCGGGCGGCAAGGAGGAGCUGGUGGCGGUCGCCUCCCGGCUGUGGCAGCGGCGGCGGCGCGCCUGCUUGGCGGCCGUCGGCGUGCUCCUAGCCAUGGCACUGGGGUUGCUGAUAGCGGUGCCCCUGCUUCUGCAGGCGGCUCCCCCCGGCGCGGCUCACUACGAGAUGCUGGGCACCUGCCGCAUGAUCUGUGACCCGUACAGCGUUGCGCCCGCAGGGGGACCCGCGGGCGCCAAGGCUCCACCGCCGGGACCCAGCACCGCUGCCCUGGAAGUUAUGCAGGACCUCAGCGCCAACCCCCCGCCUCCCUUUAUCCAGGGACCAAAGGGUGAUCCAGGGCGACCAGGCAAGCCGGGGCCUCGGGGUCCCCCUGGAGAGCCAGGGCCGCCUGGGCCCAGGGGUCCUCCGGGGGAGAAGGGAGACUCGGGGAGGCCAGGGCUACCCGGACUGCAGUUGACAACCAGCGCGGCCGGUGGAGUUGGAAUGGUGGGUGGUGGAGCCGGGGGCGGUGGCGACACGGAGGGCGAAGUGACCAGUGCGCUGAGCGCUGCCUUCAGCGGUCCCAAGAUCGCCUUCUACGUGGGACUCAAGAGCCCUCAUGAAGGCUACGAGGUGCUCAAGUUCGACGACGUGGUCACCAAUCUUGGCAAUCACUACGAUCCCACCACCGGCAAGUUCAGCUGCCAGGUGCGGGGCAUUUAUUUCUUCACUUACCACAUCCUCAUGCGUGGCGGCGACGGAACCAGCAUGUGGGCGGAUCUCUGCAAAAACGGGCAGGUGCGCGCCAGCGCCAUAGCCCAGGAUGCGGACCAGAAUUACGACUACGCCAGCAACAGCGUGGUACUGCACCUGGAUUCAGGCGAUGAAGUCUAUGUGAAGUUGGACGGCGGGAAGGCUCAUGGGGGCAAUAACAACAAGUACAGCACGUUCUCGGGCUUUCUCCUGUACCCGGAUUAGGGUCACAGAGAGCACGAGACAGCGCGGCUUCAGGCGCCCC